AUGGAGAUACAGCCGCUUCUACAGACACAUCUACUGCAACGUGAGACUGCUGCUGGUGCAAGACCAUCGGCUUCUGGAGCCAAGCGCAAGACACUGGCGCGCAACCGAAACUACAACCAGGAAGGGAAGUAUCGGGGAGUGAGGAAGCGAGGGGAGUUUAAGUACGUUGCAGAGAUUAAAGACACCACUAUUGGGGUCCGCAGGUGGUUGGGCACGUUUACCAGUGCAGUGGAGGCUGCUCGGGCGUUUGAUAAAGCUGCUUUCGACCUCCGAGGAUCAAAUGCAAAGCUUAACUUUCCGAAAGAGUAUAUCACGGAAAGGAGAGGAGUACUGAGCUCUAAUCCUCCAGAGCUAGGAGCAGCUGCGACGCAAACGGCAGGAAGGGAGGCAGAUAAUAUUGAUGAGAGUAAUGGCCCGGGAGUUCCAAGGAUUACGGAGUCUUUACCAGGACAGGUGGAGAAAGGGGGUUCUACGAGCUCUGCCGCUUUAGGAGCUCUAAAAGGGAAGGAGGAUGAUUAUGCUGUAGAUGCUGUGGAAGGGCGAUUGGUGGGAGUGGACGUGUGCCAGCUAAAGUCGUUUGGAGAGCGAACAAGUAGAGCGGUGGGUGCGGUGGCAGCAGAAGCAGGCGGAGGGUCAGGGGCUGUACUAGGGUCAGCGUUUCCAGUUGACGUUGCAGACGAGGGAGAAGGAGGAGGAGGGAAAAGGGGAGUGGGAGGAGGAGGAGGAGGAGGAGGAGGAGGAGGAGGAGGAGGAGGAGGAGGAGGAGGAGGAGGAGGAGGAGGAGUAGGAGGAGGAGGAAGUGGGGUAGGAGGGGUGUGCAUAGCAGCAGAAGCGUCAGCAGUCACUGAUCGGAAUGGAGCUUAUUCUCCUGAUUCCAGCUCCACUGUCAGCAGCAGCAGCUCCGACAGAACCGCCCCUUUCGCCCCUGCCCCUUCUCCCUCUGUCCCUUUCUCCUCUGCUUCUUUCUCCUCUGCCCCUUCUGCCUCUGUCGCUUUCCCACACUCCACCCUUCCUGCCACCUCUGCUCCUUCCACCUGGACCGAUGUGCUACACUCCACCCUUCCUCCGUCCACCGCCCCUUCCAUCUCUGCCUCUUUCCUAAACUCCACUCGUCCUGUUACCUCUACCCCUUCCACCUCCAGCGAUGUGUUACACUCCAGCCUUCCUCCUUCCACUGCCCCUUCCAUCUCUACUUCUUUCCUACACCCCAUCUUACCUGCUGCCUCUGCCCCUUCCACCUCCUCCGAUGUGCUACACUCCACCCUUCCGCCCUACACUGCCCCUUCCAUCUCUACUUCUUUCCUACAAUCCACCAUUUCUGCUGCCUCUGCUCCUUCCACCUCCACCGAUGUGCUACACUCCACCCUUCCAGCCACCUGGGAGUACAACGUCGCAGUAUCUGGGAAAGUGACGAUGCAUGGAGGGGAUGCAUCCCAACAAGAAGCAGAGGAGAUGGUGGAGGUACCCAACAUGAUGGCAGGCCCAGCUGCAAACAUGCUCACAAGCUGGCAUGCUGAAAUGAUGCAGCAUGCGCCUGCCAUGGUGCCCCCGUUUGAGUUGCUCUGGAGGCGUGACCAUGGCAUGCAGUAUGGUUCCUCAACCCCGGAGUCCCAGCCGUCUGUGGGAAACACUGGUGGUGUGGCUGAUUUGAGGGCUGCAAGUGGUGCUUUUGCUGCUUGUGCAGAAGUUGAAACAGCAGUCGCAUGCCAUGCAGCAGCAGCAACAGCAGCAGCAGCAGCAGCAGCAGCAGCAGCAGCAGCAGCAGCAGCAGCAGCAGCAGCAGCAGCAGCAGCAGCAGCAGCAGCAGCAGCAGCAGCAGCAGCAGCAGAAGAAGCAACAGUCGCAUGCCAUGCAGCAGCAUGA